GUUUGUUCACUGUUGCAAAGCAAUAAAUAUAAUAAAUAAAAACCCCCAAAUUCCAUCUUCCCAAACCCAUCUCCGCAGCGCAAUCCCUCCGGGAAAGAUGUCCGCCGCCGAUUCGUCGUCGGGAUCCUUCGAUCCGAUCUUCCAUGUCAUCCGGAUCCUCCCAUUCUCCUUCCUCCGCGCGCCGCGCCUGCGUCUGAAGCUCCCCUCUUUCACCCUGCCCUCCGCCAUGACUGUGUACUCUCUCAUCCUCCUAACCUACUUUAUGGUAGUCUCCGGCAUCGUCUACGACGUCAUCGUCGAGCCUCCGGGCAUUGGAUCCACACAGGACCGUCUUACGGGGGCGGUUCGGCCGGUUGUCUUCCUCCCGGGUCGGGUCAACGGCCAGUACAUAAUUGAGGGUCUCUCCUCGGGAUUUAUGUUCCUGCUCGGCGGAAUCGGGAUCGUGCUCAUGGAUUUGGCGCUGGACAAGAAUCGGGCAAAGAGUGUUAAGGUCUCUUAUGCCACAUCCGGAGUUGCCUUCAUGGUGAUCUCUUAUGUUAUGAGUAUGCUGUUUAUCCGUAUUAAGAUCCCUGCUUACCUUCGUUGAGUUACUCUGUUUACCGAAAAGUUUUUGCCUUUACAAUUGUAGAAGAUUGAAAUGUAGCAAACUCAAGGACAUAUUCUGUUUGAUGUGAUUCUUGUUGCUGAGAUUUUAAUUCUACGGAAGACUUACAAAAUUUGGUUGGUUUUGAA